AUGCCACCAAAGGCUCCCAAACCAACCAGCGAUGAGCUCCUAGCUCAGUUCGACGACCUCGGUCUCGACAAAUCCGGCAACAAAACAGCCAAACCAAGCGCCCCCAAUGCCGGAGGCGAACAGGAAGACAUCCUGGCGGAGCUGGACCACCUAGCCACCCAGCGCCCUAGCAGUGGACCAGGCACUCCCCGCCUGUCUUCCGAUAAGCCCAGGUCAUCUACACGGUCUCCUCGGCCCAGCGCAACCAUCGACCGACUGGCCGAAGAGAAGGCGCCGGUCCGCCAGUCUGAGGAGACGGGGCGGACGUCGCGCACAGAAACCAAGCCCGAGCAGCCCAAGGCUGAGGCCGAAAGUGCCCCUGCACAGCAGUCCUCCGAGGAGGCUGGUGGUUGGUGGGGUGGUUGGUCGGGCGGAUUAUCGGGAGGACUGUUUGCGACGGCCACUGCGGCGAUGAAACAGGCCGAGGCGGCUGUCAAGGAGAUUCAGAAUAACGAGGAGGCACAGAAAUGGGCCCAGCAAGUCAAGGGCAAUGUUGGAGCUCUACGAGAUCUUGGCGGGGAACUUCGCGACAGAGCCCUCCCAACAUUCACGAACCUCAUCCACACCCUCGCGCCACCCAUUUCCUCGCAUGAACGACUUCAAAUCCACGUGACGCACGACCUGUCCGGUUACCCGGGCAUCGACCCAUUAGUCUACGCCGUGUUCUCGCGCGUGAUGUCCCAAGUCGAGGGCGGAGACCUUCUUGUGAUCCAGCGCGGCCAGGAAUCAUCCCCGAAACGCGGCCUCGAUGUCACCGGGUACAUGACCAGCGCCGGCUGGAACGACGGGCCGUGGUGGCGGACUGUCACACCAGGACAACCGCGGACCGUAUCUGCCGUGCGAGGUGUUGUCGACGGAUCCAAGCUGGCGCGUGCUAGCGCCGAGUCCUACGCCACGGAGUACUUCUCUUCGCGUGGCGGUGUUGAAGAGGCCGCGAAGCAGGCGACAGAGGUACUGAGUGAAUCGAACCCGGUACGCAGUAGUGAUAUCUUCUUGGCUAUACAGGCCAUUAGCCAGGCUACUUCCAAGGACCUAUUCCGGGCCGGUGCGUCCGGCGAGAAGGCCGAUAGUGCCGAGGAGAAGGAAGACGAGGAGGAGAUCUGUUUCGCGCUGUACCUCCACGACCCUAUCCACGGUAUUGCCUUCCACACUAUCUCCCAGGCUAUCCCACAGACUUGGAUUGACUGGCUUGACGAGUCGGCCCCGGCUCCCGAGAAUCCCGAUGUGGAGGAUGCCCACAUGGCGCGCGUUGUCGUGCCGGAGGCCAUUGCCGAGAUUAUCGAGAGUGGAGGCGUUGAUCCUCGUGAGUGGGUCUCGGAAUGGAUUGAGGAGACUCUCUCGCUUGCUGCUGGAACUAUUGCUCAGCGAUACGUGGCGCGCCGCAUGGGUGUGGGCGAGGGCGGUGUUGGAAAGGGUAAGAUGCGUGCUGAGCAGGCUUCCACUGUUGAGAGUGGUGCAGGCGAGGCUGCUCGUGCUAUUUAA